UUCGCUUCAACAUCUUGCUUUGAUAUUUUACCUCAGCAUUAAUAAUUAACGUCAGCGUUAUAUAUUUUCCCUCAGGUUUUGCUGUGUGAUGUUGAUAAUCGCCUCCACACUGAGAUGUUACUGACGGAUUUUUACAGAGACUGUUUGAUGAGAUGAAUUGAAACUCCAAACUUGUUGUGUCUGAGAUAACACAUUUUUCCAAGUCUUCUCUUGCCCCUGAUGUGUUCUCUGCACUUGAAUUUACCUCCAAAAACACUUCAAGAUAUGGCAUUUAAAGGAAGUACUAAGAAAACAUUAUCUGCACAUCGUAAGACAUAUCAUGAAGAAAUGAAGAACCAAAAUUACCAGUGUUCAGGUUGUGGGAAGAGAUUUAGUAACCCAAGUCGUCUGAAAAGACAUCAGCGCAUUCACACAGGAGAGAAGCCGUAUCACUGCGCACAGUGUGGGAAGAGUUUUACAAGGGCUGGUGACCUACGAAAACACCAGCGUAUUCACACAGGAGAGAAGCCUUAUUACUGCACACAGUGUGGGAAGAGUUUUUCUACUUCUAGUUCUCUGCAAACACACCAGCGCAUUCAUACUGGAGAUAAGCCGUAUCACUGCACACAGUGUGGGAUGAGUUUUACACAGAUAGGUCACCUGCAGACACACCAGCGCAUUCACACAGGAGAGAAGCCGUAUUACUGCUCACAGUGUGGGAAGAGUUUUACCUCAGCUAGUUCCCUCCAAACACACCAGCGCAUUCACACAGGAGAGAAGCCGUAUCACUGCUCACAGUGUGGGAAGAGUUUUACACAGGCAGGUCAUCUACAAACACACCAGCGCGUUCACACUGGAGAGAAGCCGUACCACUGCACACAGUGUGGGAAGAGUUUUACUUCAGCUACUAGUUUUCAAACACACCAGCGCAUUCAUACCGGAGAAAAGCGGUAUUCCUGCUCACAGUGCGGGAAGAGUUUUACUGCAGCUAGUUCUCUCCAAACACACGAGCGCAUUCACACUGGAGAGAAGCCAUAUCACUGCACACAGUGUGGAACGAGUUUUGCACAGGCAGGUCACCUACAAACACACCAGCGCAUACACACAGGAGAGAAGCCGUAUUGCUGCUUACGGUGUGGGAAGAGUUUUACUGCAGCUGCUAAUUUUCAAACACACCAGCGCAUUCACACAGGAGAGAAGCCGUAUCGCUGCUUACGGUGUGGGAAGAGUUUUACUGCAGCUAGUUCUCUCCAAAAACACGAGCGCAUUCACACAGGAGAUAAGCCGUAUUACUGCUCACAGUGUGGAAAAAGUUUUACACAGGCAUGUUACCUGCAAACACACCAGCGUAUUCACACUGGAGAAAAGCCAAAUUAGUGCUCACAGUGUGGGAAGAGUUUUAAACAUGCAGAUUCAGAAGACACCAGUGCUUUCCAUAUAAAUCUCAAUAUGGGACGUGUUGUAUGCACUGCAGUCACUCCUAAAUAUACUGCCUGUCAACAGUUUAUCAGAAGGGUCAAUUUAUUGCGCUGCAUCAAGCUAAAAAAACAACUGAAGAGAUAUGAAAUUUUUAAAAAGGAUUAAGAAACCAUAAAGAAAUAUAAAUACUUGGAAGGAUAGUGAUGAACCAUCAACUUUUUGGAAGAAAUAUUGGGAAAAAAAAUCAUGAAUUGAGACCAUAUAAACACUUUUAUAAAAUCAACAACAACAAAAAAUGGUAUGUUUAAUAGUGGAAGGAAAGAAAGCCUUUCCAUACACACAAUGUGAUGACAACUCACAGAAUUGGGACUAAACAGCUGUGUCCCCAUAAAAAAAAAAAACACUUGAUAGUAAGAACCAUCAGAAAGACUUGAAUUUGCUGGGGAUCAUUACGAUUUGACAUUGGAGCAAUGGAAAAAGGUCAUGUGGCCUGAUAAUUCCAGAUUGUUAAUUCCAGAGUGAUGGGUGAAUCAGGGUAAAGUGAGGAAUCAUAUAAAUUCAAUUCAAUUUUAUUUAUAUAGCGCUUUUAACAAUGGUCAUUGUCUCAAAGCAGCAUUACAAAAAUGAAAAAAAAAAAAUUAAAAGGAAAAUUUGUGGGAGUCUGUAUAUAUGAGAAAAAUGUGUCUAUAUGAUUGUCUCCUAUAUGAGCC